GAAGCGCAAUGAUACAUAUAUACCUAUCUAAGUCCACGCCGGUGAUUGAGAGCUAUUCUAUGGUAUUCGUGCAGUGUUCGUCGGCUUAGAACGUUUUCGCUCGGAUACUAGUGGCGUAUUAUACACUGUAACGGUCCGGUGAGACCCUGCAAGCGCGUAUACGUGAUGGCCAUUUCUGCGACUAACAUGCAGCUUUUAAAAAUUAUGGAAUCUGUGUGGAACGUGGUGUGUCGGGGUUUGGCGUCCGUAGUCACAGCGCUGAUGGGCGUGACGGGCGUAGUGGCCGCUACAGUCGUCGCGUGGAACAGGACUGCCAGCGUGGACGAGCCCGCCGUACCGUUAAGCGUGAAUUAUCACUUCACGCGCCAAUGCAAUUAUAGCUGCGGCUUUUGCUUCCACACGGCCAAGACGUCGUUCGUGCUGCCACUGGAUGAGGCGAAGCGUGGGCUGACCAUGCUGGCGGAAGCCGGCAUGAAAAAGCUAAAUUUUUCUGGUGGAGAGCCGUUCGUCCGGGACGGCGGCCGCUUCAUGGGUGAACUCAUAAAAUACUGCAAAACGGAACUCAGGUGGGCGGGCAUCAGCAUUUCAAUUGUUAGUAACGGCAGCUUGAUCCAGGAAAAGUGGAUGAGGCAGUAUGGUGAGCACGUGGACAUGCUGGCCGUGUCAUGCGACUCAUUCAACGCUGACACAAACCGAAUGAUCGGCCGGCAACAGGGCGCAAGAACCGAUCACGUUGCAAAACUAUACCAGGUACGUGAGUGGUGCGGACAACACAAGAUCGCGUUCAAGAUCAAUACGGUGGUCAACACAUAUAAUGUGAACGAACUGUUCGCCGAGCACAUCGACCGGUUACGGCCGGUCCGGUGGAAGGUGUUCCAGUGCCUGUUGCUGGAGGGCGAGAACGCGGGCGAGGGAGCGUUGCGCAACGCCGCCCGGUUCUACGUCACUGACGAAGAGUUCAACGGGUUCCUGCGCCGGCACGCUGAAGUUCAGAUGUUGGUGCCCGAGAACAACAACGCGAUGCGUGACAGUUAUCUAAUCCUGGACGAGUAUAUGCGGUUCCUCAACUGUCGCAACGGCAAGAAGGAACCCUCCGCGUCCCUGCUGGACGUCGGCGUCCAGCACGCGCUCCGCGGCUCUGGUUUCGACGAACAGGCGUUCUUGGAGCGGGGCGGCGUGUACCUGUGGAGUAAGCAGCAAAUGUCCAAAGCUGAGCUCGAAUGGUGACGGGCAAAACUUUUUUUUCAUCACUGCUGCAUCUCAUCUUGCUUACCUAUAUAUUACAUUAUUUUUAUUGCCAGGUUGUUCCACUGAGCUCUUCAAUUAUUGUGGUACGCGCAGCUAGGUACCCUAUAUUUAUUUUCAUAUAUUUUGUGGUGUGGUGAUAAUUUUCAAGUUACGUUCAGUCGGUUUCUAAAUUAUAUGAAAAAUAUUCACUUGGAUGAUUUUUUUAUCAUUUUUGACUAUUAACGGAAAGAGAUAAUAAUAAAGGAAUAAAAUUCAAAUAUACAGGCCGGGUUCCGCGAGGAUAUACCCAAUGCUUGUAGAGGGUACUCUACAGGCAUUUUGUCCGCGCGGACAAAAACCGAUUUUGUGCCGUUUUAACUAUAAACUAAAAAAAAUAUAAAAUAUAAAAUGUUGAAACGCCAACAUUUUCAGAAAAUAAACUAUAAAAAUCUUUAACUGUUAUAAAAAUAAAAAUAAAAAAUUACAUUUUUUUUACUUUUUUACCAAAAUAUUUAAUUAAAUUGAAAAAUAAUAUAUUAUAAAUAUAUAUAUAUAUUUAUUUUAUUUUAUUUUUUAUUUUACAGAUAAAUUAUAUACAUAUUUACUUAAUAAUUUAAGUUUACGUAAUGAAAAGAAAUAAAAAUAAAAUUAUCUACAACCUUUAAGCACAUGCUAAUAUAAAGUUACUAAUACAUAAAAUUGUAACAGUUAAAUACUUAAAUAUAAUUGUUUAUUAUUUAUUCAAGUACUCAAAAUAGCCAAAACUGAAUUUUUUGUAUUCCUGUAGUUAUACGAUUCCCAUUCGUAUAGAAUAUCAUAAUAUGUCCCUUUUUAUAUUUAUAGGCAUUAAGUUGUAAUUUUUUUGACCUAUAGAUUAAUUAAUUUUUGACUAAACGCUUUUUUAUAAUAUUCCACUCUGAUAUCAAACGCCCUAUUUUAUCUUUUAACUAUUACCUUUUUCAUAUCUAGAAAGGAUUCAAAGUUUUAAAUUAUGUAUAAAAUAAUAUUUUCUUAUAUACAGACUUAUAUGGUAAUAUGAACACAUCUAAUAUCUUAAAGUUUUCUUUAGUUGAACCUAUAUUAAAGUAUUUUCACUUAAACAUAUCCUAAACAUUUUUCUUUGUAAAAGUUGUAGUAGUCUAGUCGCAUUUGUCCCGCCCCCCCAACGACCAAACCAAUAAACCAUAUAAGAAUAAUGCCUGAAAUAGUGAUAAAUAAAUUAUACGCAUAGUUUGCAUUUGUAGAAGCAACCGCAGGUACCUAUAUAUAAUGGUAAAUGUGGCUAUAAAUAAUACAAUUAAGAAUAAUUUGCAUUUCAGAGAAAAUCACCGAAACAUAACAUUUGCCCCUUCCCGCCCAUUUCCGAGACUGUGGUGCGCCACGAAGUGAAUACAGUUUUGUUUGACUAGUUGUCGUCGGGUGACUUUAAUUUUCUCUCGUGGGCCGGAGUACCUAUAGCUAUCACAUAUUAUAUAGUAAUGAUUAGGGCUGGGAUUUUAAUGCCCUAAAAAAACCCGAAAAAUUUCAUAACAAAAAUGCUUUUAUGACCUAAAAACUCUACUCGCUGUCGAACAUUUUACUUUUGGCAUUUUUAUAUUAAAUUAUCAAAAAAAAUCAACUAGAGUAAUAAAAGUAUAAAACGGUGUUAACGACGACAAAACUCGUACUGAACGUCGAACGAUAUCAUCGAACGUCGAUUUUACGAUUUAAGAUUAUUUAACAGGAAAUGCGUGUAGAGGUUACUCAAACCUUGUCCGAUAAUGGCGAUAAGCCGAUAAUAUAAUACGAAUUACGAGUACCUACUUAUAAUCUAGCAAUAAAAUCCCAGUCCUAGUUAAUUUAUUUAAAAGCCAUGCUGGUGUAAAAAUCUUAAAAGAAAAUUUCAAAUUCAUACACUUGGUUUCCAAAAACUCAAAAAAUGCUCCAAAACUCUAAAAUGCCCUAAAAAAUUAAGAAAAUGACCUAAAAACUAAAAAAUGUAAAAUAAACUUUCUUAUUCUCAUUCAAAUGUACAUAAAACAAAUUUGUGACAGGACGAGCAUUGCACAGAAAGCUUUGGAAAACAAUGCAAAGUGCAUCGAAAUCCCAGCCCUAGUAAUGAUCUUAUAAGUUAUGAAAACUUAUUAGUUAUUACACAAUAUUGUAACUGCUGCGGUGAUGAACACAUAAUGUUAUUAUUAUGGCGUAUUAUGUUAUAUUGUAUAUAUGCGUUUGUAAAGCGGAGACAACACAUGCGGGUAUAGCGUCCUUUUAAUGAACUAAUGAAGACGUUCAUUUGUAAAAUAAUAUUAUAUUACCUAUUAUAAAAUUUAAAGGUAAGAACAUUAUCAGGGUUUUCUAGUGGGUUUUCACCAUAUUUUAACACGAUAUUGUUGUGCUUAUGAGUACCAGAGUACGUUGUAACUUAAUAUGAGUAGGUAAGUAAAAUACUAAAAUAUCAAAAUAUUCUCCAAUAUGUAAAAUGUAACAGAAAGACCUGACAAAUAAAAUAACUUUUAUUCAAA